UAGAAGCCCGAUGGCUGCAUAAUUUUAAAUUGACCGAUAAUGCACCCGUAGCUCCCCAUUAUCCACUACAACCAUUUAAGAGGAAUAGGCGAUGCAUUUAAGCAAGCAUGAGUAAAUUCGUGCGAAUGCUACUGGGGUAGGUACCGGUAGGUGUGGCCUGGUCGUCAAGUCGUCAUGACCGCGCCUCAACAGCUCUUGUAAAACGCCCCAAGCUACCCCUAACUAAAUACUGUAUGCGAAAUCAACUACAAAAUGACGUUGAUAUCCAAGAGCACUACGGCUCUCGGGCUCGUACUGUUAACCCAUGCCUGCUACUCGGCGCAUGAACACUCUGCCCUCCAGUCACAUCGAGCUGCAUCUCUUUCGUCUUUAGCCUCGGCUCAACUGGGUACCGCCUCCUCACUUCCCAUUGACAUCACGAUCGAGACCAUCGUCGCAACUUUCACCAUCUGCCUGGGGCUGGUAUUCGGGACCAACCAACUACGACCUAUACAAUGGCGAGUUUGGGCCGGGAAGAUUGAGCGGGAGGGGGAAGCGGGAUUCAAGAAUAACAGUGGAGAGGUCGAGAAAGAUUAUGUUGGAAACCCUUUUCGCCUUUUGGAAAGUCGUCCGGGAUUCAUCGACAUUCGGAAGCAAAGGAGCGAGUUUGCGACUUGGGUGAAAGAUAAAGCAGCCGAGACGUAAUAGCAAUGACGACCACAUACUGGGGGGAAUCCAUUUAUCUACACAGGUAGCAAAUACAACCGUUCAGGGCCUUCUCAUGGGAAGCUAGUUUCAACUCACCACCACCAAUGGCCAACGCGGAUGGUUUUGUAGUCGUUUUUCAGGCAU